AUGUCCGCGACCACGACCAUAUCCUCCCGAUUUGGGCCCUCCCAAGAAGAAGAUAAAAGGCAGGAGACAAUGCCAUCCACCACUUCAACCUCGAAUGCAGAAUCUAAGGCGGGAACAUUUACACUUCUCCUCUUUGCCUCGGCCUCCACAUAUACUUCGACAGAGACCCUUAUGCUGCCUGCGCCGAGCACAUUACGUUCUGUGUUCAAGAUGCUUGAGGCCCGAUUUCCGGGAUUCACGGAGAAGAUCUUGAAAAGUUCCGCCGUUACGGUGAAUUUGGAGUAUGUGGAUCUCGACUUCGAUUUCGAAACGGAGGGAAAGGAAGAGGAAAAUCGGGAGGAAGGAAAAGGGGAUGGAUGGGACAUGCUGAUUCAAACGGGCGAUGAGGUCGGGGUUAUUCCACCUGUUAGUAGUGGGUGA